AUGCAACAAUAUGCUUUCUUAAAAUUAAAUGGGAAAUAAUUAACAUAAUCUUCCCCUGAAGCAGGAAGCAAAUCAUAACAACACAGAUGAACCGGAAGAGGAUGUUGUUUUGUUGACAUCAGACGAACACGAAAAACAGAGGAAAAUAUAAAUGAUUAAACAAUAAAUGAAUUGAAUCAACCAAAGAACUACCCGUGUGCAAAGCUAAGCUUCUUGUAGACCUAACCCCGGAGUUAGGGAGGUCUUGAGCACACUGCCUCUUCUGUGACCACCUCAUCUAUCCCGAUGCCUACCCUUUGAGAGCUUCCCGGCACCUACCUCCUGAGGCCACCUGCUUUGCCCUGUUGUUGUCAAACAGAGGGGAAGUGAGAAGCAGCAGCCGGCAUGGAAGCCAAGGCAGGGGACAACCCCGACAGCCUCAUGGCACUGACCACAGCCUUCUGCCUGAGGAACCUGAGGAGGACCAUGUGCUACCUGGGAGAGAGGAACAAGCUCUGCCUGCGCUCAGACGUCUUCCUGCCCAGCGAGAUCUGUGACAAGCUGGUCAACACAUACACGGAACUGGUCCAUAUGGACAGUAACUUUGAGCCGCAGGACGGCUUCUUCCAGCUGUUCUCGGACCCGCACAGCACCAGGCUCACCCGGGUACAGCUGAGGGAGGACUUUGUGCGUGACAGGGACCUGGAGGCCAUUGGGAAACAGGACUUGAUAGAGCUCCACCUCACCAACUGCAACAACCUAUCAGCUCACAGCCUCAGGACUUUAACCAGAUUCCGCCAGACCCUGGUCUCCCUCAGCCUGUUCGGCUGCAGCCGCAUCUUCUAUCGCAAGGGUGGUGCCCCACUGGCAUGCGACGAAGAAGAGGAGGAAGAGAGGCCAGCCUCCAAACAGGCACCGGAGACAGACUUCAGCUUCCAGGGCUUCAACCGGCUGCGGCUGCUCAACCUCGGGGGUCUGCCUGAGGAGGUGGACGCUGAGGCUCUGCUCAAGCCCCUGCCGGCCCUCACCUCCCUAGACCUGUCCGGGGUGCCGCUGCCCAAGGCUGCCUUCCUGGCCCACUGGAAGGAGAGGCUGGCCUCGCUAGUGCUCUACAAUGUGGACCUCUCCGAGGAGCUAAUCAACACGGUGGUGGAGCUGGGACACCUCAGGCACCUGGAUAUCUCUAGAGAGCGCAAUUCCAAGUUCAAGAUGACCCGUAAGAUCCUGACGGCCAUUGUGCAGGGCCUAGUCAACCUGGUGUCACUGGACAUCUCAGGUCAUAUCAUGCUGGACAACUGCACAGUCCCACACUUCGAGGAGGCCAUGGGACGUCCAAGUAUCGAGCCCUGCAAGAGCAGCAUCUACCCUUUCCAGGAGCUAAAGAGGCCUCUGCAGUUUCUGGGGCUCUACAACACCACCCUUUGUAAUGUGACACACAUCCCUGCUUACAAGGUCACAGGCUCUAAGAAUGAAGACCAGGUCCUGAAUGCCAUCGAGGUCUACACAGAGUUCCGCCCGGAGCUGGCCCACCGAGCCAUCAACCAGCUGUUUGAUAUCGCCAGGAUACAGCACUGCAGCCAGCUACUGCGGGCACUGCAGCUGGUGAUCGCUGCACUGAAGUGCCACAAGUAUGACAAGAGCAUCCAGGUGACGGGCAGCGCGGCCCUGUUCUACUUGACCAACACAGAGUACCGCAGUGAUCAGAGUGUGCGGUUGCGCCGGCAGGUCAUCCAGGUGGUGCUCAACGGCAUGGAGCAGUACCAGGAGGUCACGGUCCAGAGGAACUGCUGCCUGACGUUGUGUAACUUCAGCAUCCCUGAGGAGCUGGAGUUCCAGUACGGCCGGGUCAACCUGCUGCUGCUGAAGAUCCUGGAGCCGGCCCGGCAGGACGAGUCCAUCCAGCGCAUCGCCGUGCACCUCUGCAACGCCCUGGUCUGCCAGGUGGACAACCACCACAAGGAGGCUGUGGGCAAGAUGGGAUUCGUCAAGACAAUGUUGAAUCUCAUCCAGAAAAAGCUACAGGACAGGAUGUGUGACCAGGUAAUGGAGUUCUCCUGGAGUGCUCUGUGGAACAUCACUGACGAGACGCCAGACAACUGUCAGAUGUUCCUUAACUGCAAGGGCAUGAGCCUCUUCCUGGACUGCCUGAAGGAGUUUCCAGACAAGCAGGAGCUCCACCGUAACAUGCUGGGGCUGCUGGGUAAUGUAGCAGAAGUGAGGGCUCUGCGACCACAACUCCUCACACCACAGUUCAUCUCUGUCUUCAGUAACCUGCUGGACAGCAAGGCGGAUGGGAUCGAGGUAUCCUAUAAUGCGUGCGGGGUGCUGUCCCACAUCGUGUUCGAUGGGCCAGAUGCGUGGGCCAUGGAAGAGCCACUGAGGGACAUGGUCAUGGACAAGAUGAUGGACGCUAUCCAGAGCUGGGACGUCACCUCCCGCCGGAAUAUCAACUACAGAUCCUUUGAACCCAUCUUGCGCCUGCUGCCUCAGAGCAUCGCCCCAGUCAGUCAGCACUGGGCCACGUGGGCACUCUUCAACCUGGUGUCAGUCUACCCGAGUAAGUACUGCCCUCUGCUGAUAAAAGAAGGAGGGAUUGUUCUCCUGGAGAAGGUGCUGGAGCUCCAGACAUCACAUGAAGAGACCAAGGACAUGGCGCGGAAGGUGAUGGAGCAGUGUGAGAACUUCAAAGAAGACCCCAUGGAAACGACGAGGUAGACAACGGCCAACGGAGGACAACGGCCAACGGAGGACAACGGCCAACGGAGGACAACGGCCAACGGAGGACAACGGCCAACGGAGGACAACGGCCAACGGAGGACGACGUCAGGGGAGCAAUACCGCUAGACGAACAAAAAGGCAGAACUUCAUAGGAACCCUUCACUAUCUUCUCACCACAAGUGUCAACUGUCUGCAUCAAGUUACUGGACAGAGCCUUGUUAUGUGACGCUAUUAGGAAGUUGAGAUGUGGUGCACCGACUUGGUGUGUGUGUGUGCGCGCUCCCGCGUGUGUGUGUUAUUUGUGUUGCACAUGAUAAGCAGAAUUUGUAUAAUGUAUUUGUGUUCAUUUAUUGAUGGUGUGAGUGCUUGUCCUCGUUUGGGUGUGAGUGUGCUAGACUGUGUUUGCGUGUGUAAUGAGUGUGUGUAAUAAGAGUGUGUGUGUGUGUGUGUGUGUGUGUGUGUGUGUGUGGAAGGACGUAUGUGUGUUAUAAUAAGGAUCAAAACACCAGGGAGAUCUUUGUCUCUGGAAAAUAGGAAACAAAAAUGGAGGUUGUUAUGGUAUUUUUCCCAUUUUCUGAUGCAGAAAUUUCAAAUGGAUGACGCCAUGAGGUGUGGACAGUCAACUAGUUUUAUCCCAGACAGCACUGAUCUGUGGACAGUUGUUAUUGAGCAGUGAAGUUGCCAUGUCUGUGGAUGCAUCUCUAUCCCACACUGAUCGAGAGCGUAACCGUGGAAGUUUGUAGCCGUGACAAUGACCCCAGUAGAAGUUUUCCUAGAUCCUGUGGCAUGGGGAAGGACUUUUUGUUUUUUGUUGUACUUAUUUGGAGUUGCCAUCUGUCCCGUCAUUGUUUGUCAGUUUUUUUAUUUAUAUGAUUAUAAACAUUCCUAUGAUUUCAUCUGUAAAUCUAGGCUUUGUUCCCCAUUCCUUACAUAUAUGCAAGUUCAAACCCCCGAGCUGACAAGGUACAAAUCUGUCGUUCUGCCCCUGAACAGGCAGUUAACCCACUGUUCCUAGGCCAUCAUUGAAAAUAAGAAUUUGUUCUUAACUGACUUUAACUGACUUAGUUAAAUAAAGGUAAUAUAUAUAUAUAUAACCCACAAAGAAGCUGAAUGAUGAGAAACAAAUCAGGAAGGACUAUACUGUUAGGGUUUUUGGAAUCUCAACAAAAAUAUGCCCAUGUUCUUAAAUGUUAAGGAAAAUCUGAAGGUGGAUGAUUUUAACUUUGUGUCUUUCAUGUAUAUGGAUACAACCAUAAAGUCUUAGCAUCAUAUAUUUAGAUUUGACACAUUUAGGAAAGCCUGUAUCUCAUUUCUGAACAUUUAGUUGCCAUGUAAGAAAUAUUUAGCCUAACAUUUGCACAUGAUUUGGUAAGGUAGUGGAGUGAUACAGUGGUAUACUUGGUCAACAAAAGCUAAAAUCAAAUGUGAAGAUUAGUUCAUAAAAUGCUGACCUCAGAUUUUUACGCAACAUUAAUUCAAGAAUUCAUGCUGUAUUGUAACAAUCAGUGGGGUCGGAAAUUAUUGACACCCUUGAUAAAGAUGAGCAUAAAUGACUGUAAAAUAAAUACAAAUAUUGAGCUAUAUUUUAUUCAAAAAAAAGGGAAAUUAUAUUUUAUACCAACACAAUUACUCAGAGAAAUAGAUAUUGUUUAACAAGUAAUACUUUUUUUCUCAAAGGUAGGGGUCAAGAUUGACACCCCUGUUUUCAAUACCUUGCGAGGAUGACGGCGCAGAGACUUUUUCUAAAAUGUUUUAUGAGUUGGAGAACACAAUGGGAGGGAUCUUAUCCCCAUCCUAAAUACAGAAUCCUUCCAGAUCCUUGAUAUCCUUCAUCUGCGCUGAUCAGGACUGCCCUCUUCAAUGCAAACCACAGGUUUGGCCCUCUGGGCCAUUAGAUAUAGAAUUAAUUGAUCUUUGCUUUUCCAUGUACAUUGUCUUAAUUCUUUUUGAUGUGAUUUUGUAUGUUUGUAUAGUGCAUUAGGAAAGUAUUCAUACCCCUUAAAUUUUUCCACAUUUUGUUACGUUACAGCCUUAUUCUAAAAUGAAUUAAAUCAUUUUUUCCCCUCAUCA